UAUAAAUGUAUUUUGUUUUUAUCCUUAAAUUCCCUCAUUUUCUUCUCCAUCUCUCUUCUUAUCCCAUCUUUUUAAUAUUCUGUCUCGCACAGUUUCUUCGCUGGUAAGAACGAACGAAGGAGCCAACCACCGCUUCAAAGCCUGAAUCGGCAGGCGCCGUUCCGAAAUUUCGGUCAUCGGACAGAAUUUGUUUCGUCAUGGUAGCCGAAUCUGUUUUUUCUCACAAAUCACGGUGUUAGGGUUGUUGAAGUUUGGAGGAGAAGAUAGGGUUGGGGUUUUCGAUUGUGUUGCAGAGCUGUGUUGAUUGGGGGUAUUGGGUACGGGGAAGAUAGGUGUGGGGUAGGGGAUAAUGUGUAUACUCUGUGUGAUUCAGAAGUGGUCUCGCCGGGUUGCUACAAUGCUUCCUUGGUUAGUAAUUCCACUUAUAGGACUGUGGGCUCUUUCUCAGCUGUUGCCACCGGCGUUUCGAUUUGAGAUUACGUCACCCAGGCUGGCGUGUGUGUUUGUACUCUUAGUUACCUUAUUUUGGUAUGAAAUUUUGAUGCCACAGCUGUCGGCAUGGCGUGUCCGUAGGAAUGCGCGCCUUAGGGAGAGAAAAAGGUUUGAAGCAAUAGAACUGCAAAAGCUUCGGAAGACAGCAACACGGAGAUGCCGCAACUGUUUGACUCCCUAUCGGGAUCAGAAUCCGGGUGGUGGGCGGUUUAUGUGCUCUUAUUGUGGGCAUAUUUCGAAGAGACCAGUAUUGGACUUGCCUGUGCCAGCUGGAUUGGGAAUUUCAAAUUCUGGGAUUAUUAAGGACUUGGUCGGUAAGGGUGGGAAGAUAUUGAAUGGGAAGGUAUGGUCUGACAAUGGGUGGAUGUGUGGUCAGGAUUGGUUGGAGAAUGGACAUUGGGCUGGUGGCUCAUUUCAGGGUAAGCCCAGUCAUUGGCGGAGGAGUAAUGGUGGGGUUUUUGGGGGUGACGAGAAUUGUUUAGCAGAGAAAUCUUAUUCAGGUGUUGUUAUUUUUGCGUGCAAACUGUUGACAUCAUUUUUCUUGAGCAUCCGUUGGCUUUGGAGAAAGAUUUUUAGGGUUAGUUCGUCAGGAGAAGAUGCUUCAUCUGACACUGAGCAUAGGGGGAUGUUGAACAAGAGGGGUGAGAAUGGGUCAAAUUUUAAUGAGAGUAGAGGAGAAAAGGCAAGAAGAAAAGCUGAAGAGAAGAGACAAGCUAGAUUAGAAAAGGAACUUCUGGAGGAGGAAGAGAGAAAGCAGAGGGAAGAGGUAGCAAGGUUGGUUGAGGAACGCAGGAGACUUAGGGAUGAGAAGAUGGAGGCUGAGAAAGAUCGUGGCAAGCCUCCCUUUAGGGAGAAAGAUAGUAAGAAGGAAGCAGAGAAGAAACGUCAGGAAAGACGGAAGGAGAGGGACAAGGGAUCUAGUAAGAGCAAUUCUGAUGCAGAGGAGAUGGAAAGAAAAGCUGGUAAGGAAAGUGAGCGAAAGCGGGAGUUGGAUAGGAAGAGUGAGAUAGAUCGCCGGGAACAUCAGAAAACUGGGACAGAAAUUAGCAAAGCCCAUGGCACGGAAAUGGGAUAUGGUUUAAAGAGUGUUUCUGCAAGCAACUUUAACAGGGGAAAUGCUGGAAGUCGAUACCUGGACCGAGUGAGGGGUACCUUUUUAUCUUCUUCGAAAGCUUUCAGUGGAGGCAGUUUCUUCGGAAGGGGUGCUAGUAACCCUUCUACUAUUUUAAAAGAAAACAAGCCUAUUGGUUCUGGAGAUCAUGUACAAGCUUCUUCCAACAGGAGGGAUACCUGUCCGCUAGAUCGUGUCGGUGUGAAAUUAAGUAUGACUGGAGAUGAAAAGAACAUCAGCCGCCCUGUUCUAUCAGAGCCCCAGCCAAGGACAGCUCCUAAAAAAUCAUGGCAACAAUUAUUUAUUCGCUCAUCAACUGCUCCUCCUUCAUCAACUGGAAAUGUUAUUAGUAGACCAAAUGGGAAAUCCCAAACAGAAGUUCAAAGCAGUCAACUUCCUGCUUAUUCACCAGCAAUCCAACAUUUUGAUAAUCCCAUCAAUUUUGGGCUGCCAUCGCUGUUCAAUCUGCCUACCUUUCCAAAUGGAUCAACUAGUAGUAGUUCUGGUUUUCCUUCUGCAAUUGAUCCCUUGUUUCCUCAUGCUGGUGAAGGAACCCAUGAAUUCAUGUCUGAAGAUCCAGAACUAUUUGAAGACCCAUGCUAUGUUCCUGACCCAGUGUCCUUGCUUGGGCCUGUGUCUGAGUCACUUGAUAAUUUUCAGUUGGACCUGGGAGCUGGUUUUGUACCAGAUUUGGGAUUGGAAAGAACUCAUGCUUUAAAGAAUGUACCUGUAUCUGCUGAAGUCAACAGGCCAUCUCCAUCUCCAAUUGUGUCUCCAUUGUCACGAUUACGGAUCAGUGAUGACAGGCAUGGCAAUUCCAGUCGCUUCCCAGGUACCCCUAUGACCCAGGAUCUGCACCAUUUACCUAUGGAUGAUUUGAGUAAUGCAAAUGAUAAGGGUACUUGGCAGAUGUGGAACAGUUCUCCUCUUGGUCAGGAUGGUUUAGGUUUAGUAGGUGGCGGCCCAUCCGGCUGGCUUUUACCCCCAGAACUGAACAGAUCAAACAAGGAUGAUAUUGUGAACCCUUCAUCUCACAAACCUAUGGUAUCACUUUUUACAAAAGAGGAUCAACUACUUUCUGGCUCUCCUCCUCAUCACAAGGUUUUUCUUGGCAAUUGCCAAAAUGGUGGGACAUUUAGUUCUCCUGUUUCUGGUUCAAAUGAUCAUGACCCAUGGUUGCAGAAAACGUUCUACCAGCCAUUGUCUGGUAAUGAAAGCCAUUUCUCUCUUAAUCCUCAGGAGGAGACUUCUCAGAAUGAAAUUAUUUAUGGGAGUACUGGCAGUUCCUCUAUCAACCAUCCAUUUGAGCUGUCUCCAUCCACUUGUUGGUCCAAGAAGGAAUGGGCUGUGCACGGCUCAGGGGAGGAGGGUGUUGGGAACUCGGCUGCAGUGAAGCCCCAUAUUGGGGGUUUAUUUUCAACCCCAGAUGUACAGCCUCUUUGGUAAUUUGAUUGGAAAAAAAGAAAAAAAAAAGUGACACAGUAUGAGGGACUUAAAUACACCUCCUGAGCUCAAAGAGGCAAACUGCUUCUUUUGGAGGAGAGUUCAGAAAACUGAAUGCAUUGUAUCUUCCUUCUCUUCUUUGUAAGGGAGAUUGAUGUUUACUUACAUUAGCAUGGAUAGGAAUACACGUGGUAUGCAUGCAUUACUUGCUCA